AUCAACAAAGAUUCGGCAUUAUUUGGGCCGGUUGGUUUGCAAAAAGGCAGUGUUGUGCAUGAAAUCAAUGGCUGUAAUAUUAGUAACACAAACGAUUGGCGAUAUUGCUUGAAAAAUUUGAAACUCACGAAUCCGGGUUAUUGCGUGCCCAGUGACGUAAUCAUGCAAAAUGCUGCCAGUGAGAUGCAAUUGGUGAAUAACGAGCUUGAUUGCUGUUAUAAUUCGACAAUAUCCGAUAAUCCAGCUGCUUCUCAUAUGUGUUUUUACGUACGUGACAUGAGCGGUGCAGCAUCGGAAUGUUCGUUUUAG